UAUGGAAGUAGAAUCACACACAGCCGUGCCCUUUAUUUUGCAGAAAUUGAGAAUAAAUUCUGAAAAGAAAUUCAAACAUGAGAGAAUUGGAUUUGAAAUUUAAUAGUCUAUCAAGUUUUAUCUGGCUCCUCUUAAUAAAAGCAUGAAAGCAUAAUAUAGUCACAUUUAUUAUAUGCGUUAUCUGAGCUUGUCAAAACGAUUUGAGACUAACAGCAAUGAUUCCUAAUUCAUUGAGUUGAUUUAAAAAAUUCAGAAUUAACAAGGAACCAUCAAGGCAAUUGGUACGAUAUUCAAAGAAAUGAAAUUAAAACCGCAUUAUUUCUCUUCGAAUUCAAACAAAACAAUAUAAGGUAAAAUGAAUUUGCAUAUACGCAAGAUUAUGUAUCUAAUGAGGAUGUGUGUUAUUUAGAAGAUAGAUCAGGGAGAGUCAAAUUGCAAAUUCAUAAUGCUAUGCUCUGUCUUCCAAAUAGGAAAGAUAAAAUAGUCAAUGUCAGCGAUCUCGUGACAGGAAUUACAUUGAUGAUUGAAGGAUAGAUUGUUGCAAAUAAUGUUGUGAAAGUUGAAAGAUUAUAUCUACCUUAACUUCCUGAGACACCGCUUUUUAAGCCAUUAAAUUUAACUUCAUAUCUCUGUCUAAUUUCUGGUUUAAAUUACAAUGCAUCAGAAAGUACUACCAAGUAUCGACAUAUGAUUGAUUAUAUGCAAGGCAAUCUUUAUAGUGGAGAAGGAAGCGAAGUAAGAUUUCACAUCAAUGAUUUAGAUUCCAUAUAAUAUAUCCUAAGUCAUAAUUCUUGGGAAUUUAUAUUCUAAGAUAGAAGAACCAGUUGAUUUAUAAGUACAGAACCCUUAACAAGACUUCAAAGGAGUGUAUAGCAAAAUAUAGUUAAAUAUAAAAGGAGUUGAUGAAUUGAUUAGUUAGUUAGUAUCAGUUACUCCAGUUGCUAUAAUGCCUGGAGUAAACGAACCAGUUUCUUAGAUGCUUCCUUAGACACCUCUACAUAGAUCAUUUUUUACAGAAUCUUUAGAAAAAAACAAACAAUUGAUCUUCUUAACAAAUCCAAGUGAAUUUACUUUGGGAGAAUUAAAGAUACUUGGGACAAGCGGAUAAAACAUUUAAGACAUUAAAAAGUGCUCUUCGGUUAAGGAUUAAUAAGAUGUAGAUUUGUUGGAAAUGACAUUAUUUUAUGGACAUAUCGCUCCAACUGCACCAGAUACUUUGAUGUUUAUAUUUGAUUCAAUUAUAUAGUUCAUACCCAUAGUAAAAAUAGGAUCCAUUUGUUUUAUCAGAGUUACCUAACAUUUACUUUGCAGGAAACAUGUCAAAAUUUGGAACUAAGAUGGCUACUGACAAUGUCAGAAUUGUUAGUGUGCCAGCAUUUUCUGAAACUGGAACAAUCUGUUUAAUAAAUUUACAUACUUUAGAAUGUUUUCCUGUUCACAUAUAAUGA